AUCAUUCCCAUGAUAAUCACUUUACAAUUUUUGCCUCAAAAUUCUUCAUCAUAAUAUAACUCUUAUUCACUCUCACUCAUUUAUUAAAUUUUUGAAAAACACAACCAUUGUUUUGUUUCCACUUCAUUCCCGCCAGAGAGUACAAACAACAACAUGAACCAUGUCUUGUUCUUCUUGUUGUUCUUCUUCUUCCACUUGGUGUUACCAUGUCUGUCGACACUGAGUCUCCACCAUAAUGACACACAUGCACUCACCCUCUUCCGCCGCCAAACUGACUCACACGGCCGCCUCCUCUCCAACUGGACAGGAGGCGAUGCCUGCGUCGCCGCCUGGCGCGGCGUCGCUUGCUCCCAAAACGGCCGAGUCACUUCCCUCUCCCUCCCUUCCCUCAACCUCCGAGGACCCAUCGACGCUCUCUCCCCUCUCUCCCACCUCCGCCUCCUCGACCUCCAUGAAAACCGCCUCAACGGCACGGUUUCCCCGUCGCUCCUCUCCAACUGCACCAACCUCAAGCUCCUCUACCUCGCCGGAAACGACUUCUCCGGCCACAUCCCGCCGGAGAUUUCCUCCCCGAAGUUCCUCCUCCGCGUCGAUCUCUCUGACAACAACCUCGCCGGCGACCUCCCCGGAGAAGUUUCUCAUCUCUCCAGCCUCCUCACCCUCCGCCUCCAGAACAACGCCCUCACCGGCCGCGUCCCCGACCUCUCCGCCGCCAUGCCGAACCUCACAGAACUCAACUUGACCAACAACGAAUUCUCCGGCCACGUACCCUCCUCCAUGCUCAGCAAAUUCGGCGAAGAAACAUUCUCCGGCAACGAAGCUCUCUGCAGUGCCAGCGCCGGAACACUCCCUGCUUGCUCCACCGCCGACAACCUCCCUUCUCAUCCUCCUGUUCAAACCGUUCCUUCAAACCCGAGCCGGUUCCCGGAAACCAGCAUAAUCGCCAGACCGGGAACCAAACCACCGCGCAAGGGUUUAAGCCCCGGCGCCAUCGUCGCCAUAGUGGUGGCGAAUCUCGUCGCGCUGCUAGUUGUAACUUCCUUCGUUGUAGCUCAUUGCUGUGCCCGAGGAAACGGGUCCCACCCUAACUCCCUGGUGGGUCCCAGUGAGAAACGGAAGAGUGGGAGCAGUUACGGCAGCGAGAAGAAGGUGUACGCGAGCGGCGACAGCGACGGAACCAGCGGCACGGAGAGGAGCAAGCUGGUGUUUUUCGACCGGAGGGGUGAGUUUGAAUUGGAGGAUCUUCUCCGUGCUUCGGCGGAGAUGCUCGGGAAGGGUAGUUUGGGAACGGUUUAUAGGGCGGUGCUUGAUGAUGGAUCCACCGUUGCUGUGAAGAGGCUCAAGGAUGCAAAUCCAUGUGCUAGACAUGAAUUUGAACAGUAUAUGGAUGUGAUUGGGAAGCUUAAGCAUCCAAACAUUGUUAAGCUUAGAGCUUAUUACUAUGCUAAAGAAGAAAAGCUUCUUGUCUAUGAUUACCUCUCCAAUGGAAGCCUACAUGCUCUUCUUCAUGGGAAUCGUGGUCCGGGGAGAAUUCCGUUGGAUUGGACUACUAGAGUGAGCUUGGCGUUAGGAGCGGCGAGAGGGUUGGCUCGGAUUCAUGCGGAGUACAGCACGGCGAAAGUGCCUCAUGGGAAUGUGAAAUCUUCCAAUGUGCUUCUGGACAAGAAUGGUGUGGCUUGCAUCUCUGAUUUCGGGUUGUCAUUGCUGCUGAACCCGGUUCAUGCGAUUGCGAGAUUGGGUGGUUAUAGGGCACCGGAACAGGCUGAGCAGAAGAGGCUUUCACAGCAAGCUGAUGUGUAUAGUUUUGGGGUGUUGUUGUUGGAAAUUCUAACAGGGAGAGCUCCUAAUUCAUCAUCACAGUAUCCUUCCCCUGAGAAACAAGAAGCUAGUGUGGAUCUUCCAAAUUGGGUUCGCUCUGUUGUGAAGGAAGAGUGGACUGCGGAGGUGUUUGAUCAAGAACUUUUGCGGUACAAGAACAUUGAGGAAGAGCUUGUGUCAAUGCUGCAAGUUGGGUUGGCUUGUGUAGUGCCGCUUCCGGAGAAGAGGCCAACCAUGGCGGAGGUUGUGAAGAUGGUUGAGGAUAUCAGGGUGGAGCAAUCUCCUCUGGGGGAGGACUAUGAUGAAUCGCGAAAUUCGCUUUCGCCUUCAGUUCCAACCACUGAAGAUGGUCUUGCUUAGCAGUACUAGCAUAUAUUUAGCAGUAAACUGUGUUUGCAUGCUCCUCUUCUAGUUGCAUUGUCUUGCUGCAAAUUAUUUAUUGAUGUUUCUGGCUCUUAAUUCUGUUAAGUGUUCUUGUAAAAUUUAAUUGUGAGCUUUGUGGAACUCCAUUGUUUAACGUAGCAGAAAUCUUAUGAUCUUGAGAUUGAGCUUAGAAUAAGUCUUCUUGUGUAGUUGAAAUUGUAUAAUGUACAUUUGAAGUUUGCAGCAGUGGACAUUACUGAUAUAUUUCAAUGGGCAAUCAUGAGUUGUGUCA